GGUCAUCGUAUGACGUCACUCUAGAGGGAAAUCCCAGUCCAAAAUUCAAAACAAAAACUGAAUCUUCUAAUGUUCUUCUAAUCUGCUAAUAGCAUAUGCUAAGAGUUUUGGCAGUUAAUAUUAGACAUGAAUGUAAUUUUUGAAUUCAUUUUGGUUCUAUUGAACAUUGGAUUUUCUUGUUUGGAGAACUUUAUCUCACUUUUCAUACCUCCAAAGAGGAAAGAUAUCACAAAUGAAAUAGCCCUUGUUACAGGAGGGGGCCAUGGGAUUGGCAGAGAGAUGGCUUUAGAAUUAGCUACCAAUGGUGCAAAAGUUAUCCUUUGGGAUAUAAACACAGAAGGCGUCAAAGAAACUGCAGCGGAAAUCAAUCAAAAUGGUGGAUUUGCUAGAGCUUACAAAUGUGAUGUCAGUAACGUAGAUGAGGUCAACCAAACUGCGGCAAAAGUGAAACAAGAAGUUGGUGAUGUGACAAUGUUACUAAACAAUGCUGGAAUUCUCUAUGGACUCAACUUAAUGAGGUUGACAGAUGAGCAAAUAAAACGAAUUUGGAAUGUCAACUGUUUGGCUCAUUUCUGGACAGUACGCGCAUUUUUGCCCAAAAUGAUUGAGAACAAUCAUGGCCACAUCUUAACCUUGGCAUCAGCCUCAGCUAUAAGUGGAACAGCCUUCCUUGUUGACUAUAGUGCCACUAAAUGGGCAGUUGAUGGUUUCACUGACGCUCUUGAUGAGGAGAUUGAUAAGCUUGGUUGUGAUGGUGUCCACACUACAACAGUUUAUCCAUUGUUUGUGAACACUGGCAUGACAUGGUAUCCAAGAGACAGAUUUGGCCGUGUGUUUGAACCAAGGGAAGUAGCAGAGGCAGCUAUUGAUGGGAUGCUGCGUAACCGUCACUAUGUACAUGUUCCACGAAUCAACAGUUUCACUAGAGCAAUGGGAGGAUUCCUUCCAAAGAAGGCUUACAGAGCACUGAAGAAAUAUUGUGACCUUGGUAUAGACCUCCAAGUUAAGAACAAGGAUGACUAAGCACUGCAAGACUGUGAAAGCUGCAUUCCAAAAUAAAUACCUUUCUUUGAACAUGAAGGAUUUGAUUCAAGCAUGAUCACUUUUUUGCAGACAAUGUACUUUGAGAAACACUUAUUGUGUUUGAAACUUUAAUAAAUUGCCUCCAAUAACUAUGGAUUGACAUACUGAUUUCUCUGUCCCAGGGGAGCUAAAAUCAAUGCAUUGUAAGUCACUAUUUAAGUUUAUACUUUGUCAUAUGUAAUGAUGCUAUUUUUGUACAUUUUCAUAUGUGUUUAUACAUCCAAUAAAUUAAUCAUAUUUUAUGUA